GGGCUGGGCUAAGGGAGCUGGGGGGCCAUGACCAGUUCAGACUCCUUGCUGUUCACAUCUCUAGGCCCCAGCCAAAGUUCUGGAGAUGGUGACUGCAGGUUUAACGAGGAGUUCAAGUUCAUCCUGUUGCCCGUGAGCUAUGCCGUGGUCUUUGUGCUGGGCCUAGCCCUCAACGCCCCGACCCUCUGGCUGUUCCUCUUCCGCCUUCGCCCCUGGGAUGCCACAGCCACUUACAUGUUCCAUUUGGCCUUGUCGGACACCUUGUAUGUGCUGUCACUGCCCACCCUCGUCUACUACUACGCUGCCAGAAACCACUGGCCCUUUGGCACUGGCUUCUGCAAGUUUGUCCGCUUUCUCUUCUAUUGGAACCUCUACUGCAGCGUCCUUUUCCUCACCUGCAUCAGUGUGCACCGCUACCUGGGCAUCUGCCACCCACUGCGGGCGCUCCGCUGGGGCCGCCCUCGAUUUGCAAGCCUUCUCUGCCUAGCUGUUUGGUUGGUGGUAGCUGGCUGCCUCGUGCCCAACCUGUUCUUUGUGACAACCAGCCCCAGUGGAACCACCACCCUGUGCCAUGACACCACCCGGCCCGAGGAGUUUGACCACUAUGUGCACUUCAGUUCGGCAGUCAUGGUGCUGCUCUUUGGCUUGCCCUUCUUGGUCACCCUGGUCUGCUAUGGACUCAUGGCCCGACGACUGUAUCGACCUUUGCCAGGAGCUGGACAGUCAUCGUCUCGGCUCCGUUCUCUCCGCACCAUUGCUGUCGUGCUGACGGUCUUCGCUGUCUGCUUCGUACCUUUCCACAUCACCCGCACAAUUUAUUACCUGGCAAGGCUGUUGAAAGCUGACUGCCACGUGCUGAACAUUGUCAACGUGGUCUACAAAGUGACCCGGCCCCUGGCCAGUGCGAAUAGCUGUCUGGAUCCAGUGCUCUAUCUGUUCACUGGGGACAAGUAUCGAAGCCAGCUCCAGAGGCUCUGCAGAGGCAGCGGGCCCCAGCCCCGAACAACUGCGUCCUCCCUGGCAUUGGUGACCUUACAUGAGGAAAGCAGCAGCAGGUGGGCAGACAUCCACCAGGACAUCAUUUUCCCUACCUAUGAGGGAGACCGAUUAUAACCCUGGGCACUGGGUAUGAACGGAAGGGGGCUCACUGCAGGACAGAGGGAGGGGAGCCCGCUAGCGACACUUGAUAAGGGCGUCCAUCAGCUACCCUCUUUUUAGCCGACGUUUGGAGCAGUUACUCCUCUGCUUCUACUUCUUUCUCUUUUCCUGUCCCUUCCUGGGGCCACUGAUCCUGUUUCUAGAGCUCGCAAGACUUCCUCAGUGCUCUUGGCCCUUUCUGCUUCCCCCGGGGUUUUUCCACAGCAUGCCUUUCUCCAGCCAAAGUAGAGAUUUCAACUAGACAGGUGAAGGGUGGAGCAGUCUCAAGGGCGGCCUGAUGGAUAUGAUGGAGUCAGAAUCAGGAAGCCGGGUGCUAGCAUAUCACGGAUGCUAUAUAUGCCACAUGGAACAUCCAUACCCACUUCCUGGCUCCCUCUCAAAGACAAGCUAGUCUUACCUGCCAAGGUGCCGAAAUAGGGCACAGGGUCUCCAACCCUGCCUGCCAGGGGCCCCACAAGCAGCUAGAACCCUGGUGCUGUCUGGACUGCUGGUAGAGUCCUGCUCUUGAGUGGCGACUCUGAGAAGCCUCAGGGGGCAGGGUCCAGGUUGAUAGCAACCUUGGAAACAAGAAUGAGACCAGACACUGUCUAUGACUGUGGAGAACUUAGUUGACAGCUCCCAUAUGUUUAAUGAAAAGAAGGGCGGACAGCUCUGACAGAGGGAAGAUCUCUUAAGUCCAUGGCUCCAGGUUCUAGAACUGAUGGGCAGAGCAGGUUUGUGCAAAGGAUAAUAGGGUGGUGGCAGGAUAGACGCCCAGAACUGGCUCUUCGCUGGUCUCUUCCCGUUCUCUAGCUCUGGUUAGAUAAAGGAUAAACCUGUCACCAGCUCAUUCUGAAUCAGGCUAUAGGAUUUCAAGGCUAGGGUGGGGCACUCAGUUUUCCACCUGUUCAACCUCUUCCCACAGCACUUGGAGGAUCUGGUGGGUGUGUAGAGCCGGGGAGACUGAACCCUGAGCCUGAGAAGUAAGUUUCUGGGCGGGUUUUCUUCAGAAGGGAAAUUUAUUUUCAGUCUCUUUUCCUAUGAAAUCACCUUAUAGCCUGUUGGUCUCCUGAGUCAGACCCCAGCCUUUGCUGACCUUUCUGAUCUCUUACUCAUCGACCGAUACCAAAUUCUUCUUGGCUUCUAAGUGUCCUCUCUGUCUCUGGAGAGAAGGGGAGGGAGGUGCUAGGCUGCAGAGGAAAAGAACUUAAUCUUAAUGCCCCUCGGCCCCUCCUUUCCAUUCUUUAAAGAGAACUCUCGCCCUUGGAACACAAGAGUUCUUCUAUUAGGAGUAAAUUAACUGGCCUUGCUGAUUCUUUCCAGGUCCCCACUCUUAUGGCCACAGCCCCCUUGCCUGUCACCCCUCUCCUACUUAGUAGCUCCCCACAGUAAGAUUAAUUAGUCUCUCCAAUAUAACUCAUUCAGGCCCCCCAUUGGCAGGCCCCAUAACUCCAAGCUGCUUAGUCACGACUAACCUCCCGGACUUUAUAAGUCUGCUGCUCCAGGAUCUCAUUAUGUACCUCUCUCUAGCCUAGAACUAGCUACAGAGAGAGACCUGGGUGGCCUUGAACUCAGAGAUCCACCUGCCCUUUUUGCCUCUCGAGUGCUGGGAUUAAAAACGUAUGCCACCAGGCUGGGUCAAUACCUCAACUUCUCUACACUUCAUUCAUAAUCUACUUAGAUGUCCCAUUUUGUCUCUAUCCCUGCCUGCCCCCUGGUCCCUGAAGGAAGGACCUUCUUCCUUUCUUUCUUUCCCUUCAUCUUUGUCAGGUACUUCCAUCGCUGAUUUUAUAUCAUUAGAAAGAAGACCUAAGCACUCAUGCCUUGGCCUUGCUGGCUCCUCUUGCCACUGUUCUGUUAGUUCCUAUUCAUUUCCCCACUGCCUUGCCAGAGAGAGCGCUAUAAACCCCACCUACUCACGGAAUUGCGCCAGACUCUCCAAAUCCGAUCCCCUUGCACUCUCCUGCUCUCAGAGCACAGAUUAUGUCUUUGGCAAGAACUUUAGUGAUACACAGUUUUCACUUUUAUCCCUCUUUGACCGCUCACUUCACUUGGCUCUAUUGCAUGUCUUUUCUAGUUUUUUAAAAUAUAAAGGUAACAUUUAAAAAAUCUCACUGGGACAACACUGAAGGAAAUGUAGAGAGAAAAGAUUCACUUAUUUCAAACCCAUAUUUCCAUUUUCUAUACUUCAUGUUUUCUUGGUUUGUAUUCAUGUGUUAUAGAAGUAUAACCACAGUGUAUAAAAGUCUGCUUUUUAGGAUAUUUAGGGUAUGGUGAUGUAUGUCUAUAAUCCCAAGAGUUGGUAGUAGAGGCGAGAGGAUCAUAAGUUUGAAGUCAGCCAUGGCUACAUAGUGAGACCCUGUCUCAAAACAAAUAAGUAUAAUCCUCGCUUAUUGUAAACCUCCUUUCUCCAUGUUGAUGCAGUCUUUCACAUUUAUUAUCUCAGCAGCUAUAAACAAUUACUUCCAUUGGUAGGUUAUAUCUUAUUAGACUAUCCCCUUAUUAGUGAACAUUUAGGUAGCUCAGUUUUCCUGUGCUUUGAAUCUCUCCCCAUUUGUGGCUUUUUUCUUCUUGGUAAUUCUAUCUCUAGGGCAAGUCCUCAGGAGUAAGAUUACCAGACCAGAGAACACGAACAUUUUUGUGGAUUGUGAUUUUUCAAAAUGACUGCAUAAAUUUUUACUGUCACAGUGAUAUAUGGCCAUCCUAGUUCCAUUGCAGUUCCAGCAGCAGACUUUAUAGGAAAUCUUUCUGGAUGGUAAACAUUCAAUUUGUUAAUUUCACUUCCUUGCUUACUUAUGGCAUUGAACACUUUCUCUUGUGUUUACUAUUUGCAUUAUUCUUCAACUACUAUUUUAGUGGUAUACUGCUAUUGAAAUAUGAUAUUUAUUUAAUAUGUGUAUUAUCAUUGGUUGUAUUUGACAUAUUUAACCCAUCUGUUAUGAUACUUUAUUUCCUUCCCUAGAUUUAGAAUCUCUUUCCUCCUGCUUUCCCUGGAUCACUUCUCUCUUUGCUGCCAUCUUUUUGUCAGACUCUCAACAUGUGGGGGUUAUUUAAUCCUCUCUCUCAUCAAAUUGUUGGUUUCGUCUUAGAACAAAUAGCAGGUGACGACAAUUUAACUGACUUCUAGUCCUUAAGAAUACCUCAGAGAUCAUACAGGGCUUGGGCUCCCCUCCAUUUUCCAGUUGAAGAAACAGACCCAGUGAGAUGUCAUGCCUGUGACUUUCUGCAUAGUGGCAGGUAGAAACUAGACCCUGGACUGGUUUCCCACGACUCCUUUCAUCUACCAGCCAAUUGGUGCUGGGCCAGACCUUUGUCCCUCUAAGCCUCAAUCGCCUGCUGGAUAGGUUCACUUAGAUCUUCCACUGUUGCUUCUAACCCAUAAUAUAUAAAAAAGAAACUGCCCGAACCAGUUCUCCUACUCAUCUUACUCAUUUCUGUUCAUGACAUCUUUCUUAAAUGACCUAGGCUCUAAAGCUUCUGGGAAACUCCACUCUUUUCUCCUCCUGUCUCCCCAAGUUCUGACAUUGCUCUUUUUGCCUAGUGUAACCAGCCUUCUUUUAUGGUCCCAACAUCACCAUUCCAAUACUGACUCUUCAUCUUCUCCCUCACUGAAUGUCGUAGGUUUCUGUCUAGUCCUCACCUCCAACCUCCCUCCACACAAAUGCACAUUGUCAGAUCAAUCUGUCCAACACUUCUCUCCAAGUUUCACUCUUUUAGAAAUCUUCGAUGAUUUAUUUUUAUUGUCUACAAGUCAAAAUAAUUUAGGAAGAAAUUCAAAACGAUUUUUUCUUUUUGUCAAUUUUUGAUUCUCCCUCAACACAAAUGUCUCUUCUCUAAGGUUUUUGUGUUUGUCUGUUCGGUGUGUGUGUGGUGCUUGGGAAGAGCCCAAGGUCUUGCACCUGUAUUAGUGAGCUACAUUUCUAGACUUCUCUGGGUAAGUAAGUGUCUUUCUUCUCUCUCCAGGCAACAUUUGCAUUUUCUUACCUCUGUACUUUCAUUGUCUCUGUCCUCUAUACUGAAAUGCCACCCCCAAGUUGUCCUUUUUUAAAAACAUAUUUUCCAAGGGCCAGGCUUAGGUUUCUCAUAUUUUCUGAGACUUUCUCUGCUGAUUCUUACCAACAGUGAUCUUUUCUUCUGUGAUUUUUAGUCAGUUAGCACCUUUAGCAUUUCUUGACAUGAUGGACACUAUUUUGAAUUGUCAGUUAAUUCUUCAUGCAUGCUUGCCUUGUGUAUCCCACCUAUAAGCCUCUCGAGUUAAUGUAAUAUAGAGGGAAGAACACAGAAUUGAAGAUCAGAACGCCCGGGUUCGAGCCUCGAAUCUGAAAAUGGGACUCAAGUGUGUCACCUUGGAUGAGUCAUUCAAAUUCUUUGAGCCACAAUUUCAUCAUCUGUGAAAUGAAGAUUGUAAUCUCAGCUUUAUGUAAUUCUUUAGGAUACAGUAAGGCUGUGCAAAGCUGAAGUGCUAAGCAAAUACAACUCGCUGUUAUCAUAUCAUUCUAUUUGUUUAAUAAAUGGUGCUUAAUAAAUAUUUAAUGUGUGAUUACA